AUGGAGGUUGCUCCGCUGAAUUUGGCCCACACCCACGCACGCAACGCCGUCCUCGAAACCCGCAAGUCUAAUCCCGUCGCCGCUAGCGAGGAGCAUGAUCUGGCUGCCGGUGAGUUUGCGACCGCAGCUCAGAGCACUUCCGAUCAAGAGGCUCUUCGUACAUUGCGGCUCCUCGAACACCACCAUAAGAAGCUAGCCGAGAUCUUGAGAUUCCAACAUGAGCAUCCCGCCAGUGCGGCUGCUGAAGCAACGUCCGCAGCUUCUCCGAUUAACGCAGCUGCGCAGUCUUCCGCGACAGAUGCGCGAACCGCCAAGACCGCAAGCCAGGAUGUCCAAAAUCAACCUCCGAGGCUGCCAGGGAAUCCUCGUAUAUUGAGUCGCGAAUCUUCAUCCAUCGCCAGUAAUCUUGCAUCUGCAAGAGGCAUACCAGCCCAUCCUCGUCGUGGAUCCCCGGUAUCACCGACUCUCUCCACACAACAAGCUGGAGCAAAGAUGACCGAGGGCCCAUCAAGAAUUAGAACAGGAGAUAGACCGCGAGACGCCUCAACGAAAAAUCAGAAUAGUCGCACUCCUAGACAACCCUGGUCUCCGCCAUUGCCCAGUCCCACAGAUAUCACGUCCCAGCAAGUCGUGCCUCCGGACGGAGUCGACCCAACGCCGUCAAAAGAUCAACCAUCAACAACGGAGGAUUCAUUCCAGCGGUUUUACUCUACCUUUGAAGGUUUGAUCUCGAAAAUUUCUGCACCUUUAGCCUUUGCAGGUCUCCCUCUGGGAACUGAAGAUUCUGCAAAGACUGCAUCAGCCAGUCGCAAAUCCCCCGCAGAGACCAAGCUUGACCGUCAUCAUGCAACUUCAGACCGCAAGUAUACUUUCAAGGAGCCAGACGUGAACCGGCUGUUUUCGAGAGCAGCUCUGCGCUCAAUCCAUGAUAUGCCCGGCUCUGGCCCGGGCAACCCUGCAGAGUCCUUCUAUGUUGUCCCUACCACGGGAGGCACGAUGUCAUAUGCGGGCAUCCUAUCUCGAGCUGAGAAAGAGGCGCGUCGAAACAGUUUUGAGGAAGGCGAGGAUGACUUUGUAGAUGCGCGAGAAACCCCGUCAUCUCCUGAGCUGCGACAGAGUAUCAGCAGUGUUUCCCGGGUAUCACGCCGUGGUGCCUCGGACAAACUGACGACUUUACAAAAUUCCAAGACGUUGGAAGAACUGCAGAUGGAGAACCAGGCCCUAAAACAACUAUCAGAUACUCUUUCCAAGCGUCUACACAUGUGGGAAGUCAAUGCCCAGUCCUCGUCUAUGGCACUACAGCAGUCCCUGAGAGCGAUGCAUCACCAUAGCUCUGGAGCUUCAGAGUUCUAUGCACAGGGCUCCCCAGCGGCCAUAUCCCCUACAGCAACUCUCACCGCGGCGCCUGCUGCUGCGGAUGCCGAUGUUCGAGUCAAAGAGCUGGAGGAACUACUCCGUCGCGGUGAGCAGGAGCUGGACCGAGUUGGUCGCGAAAACGACAAGCUCAACAAGGUCCUUGGGCGGUAUCGGGAUCGCUGGGAGAAGUUGAAAGAGGGCGCGAAGACGAGACGUGCAGAAGGUCGCACGGCAGACGGACAGAGUAAUCCGACCACACCUGUUGUGGGCAGCAAGAGGCCUGAGCUUCCCCCCUCGCCACAACCGGGGAAUGGAUUAUCAGGCAAAGCGCCUGUUAGGAGGGCCUCAGGGUCGGAGCCUGAAGGCCUGGAAAAUGCGGGUACUUGA